CCCAGAUGUGGAAUCUUUUAAGUUAGACGUGUGCUAGGAAAGGAUGCUAUUGAUCAACUUGCAAAGGGAACUCUGAAAGAGGGAGAAGAGCUUGCUGGAUCUCCCUCCCUCCUCCUUUGUCUGUCAUGUGUUGCUGUAAAUGUCAAGAUCCAGCAAGUUGCAGCCUUACUAACAAAAUUCCUCCUAUUUGUCCGUGGUGCUGCGCUUAAUCUCUGCUGAUCGAGGAUUACACUUGCUGCUUUUCUUUUCUCUUGCAGAAAGAACCUCUGGGUCGCUGCGACAGGCCUGGUACGAUAUUCCUAGCUUGUUUCAGCUAGACGAAGACCUGAUGAAGAAUGCUUCACAUUCAAAAGCUUGUCUAAGUCUAUUCCAACCAUGCAGUUGGUCCAGUAGAAGGUAUCAGCCACAAGAGUCCUUGAACACAAAAUAUGGUCACAGGUGCCACAGAUGGAAUUGGAAAAGCCUAUGCAGAAGAGUUAGCAAGGUGUGGAAUGAAAAUAGCUCUUAUCAGCAGAUCUCAAGAAAAACUAGAUCAGGUUGCCAGUCAAAUAAAAGAGAAGUUCAAUGUGGAAACAAAAAUUAUUGUUGCAGACUUUGGAGAGAGAGAAGAUAUUUACACUAAAAUUAAAGCUGCAUUGGAAGGCUUAGAGAUUGGUGUUUUAGUCAACAAUGUAGGGAUUUCAUACGCUUAUCCAGAAUAUUUCCUUGAUGUUCCAGACCUGGAUAAUACAAUCGACAAAAUAAUAAACAUUAACAUCAUGUCUGUUUGUAAGAUGACACGCUUGGUGCUGCCCGGCAUGCUGGAAAGAUCUAAAGGAGUAAUCCUGAAUAUCUCCUCAGCUAGUGGCAUGUUUCCAGUUCCUCUGCUUACUCUCUACUCUGGAACAAAGGCUUUUGUGGAUUUCUUCUCUCAAGGCCUCCACGCGGAGUACAAGAGCAAGGGCAUUAUUGUGCAGAGUGUUUUACCAUAUUUUGUGGCUACAAAAAUGGCCAGAAUCCGCAAGCCAACCUUUGAUAAACCCAGUCCUGAAACAUAUGUAAAAGCUGCCCUUGGCACAGUAGGCCUGCAGUCCCGGACCAAUGGGUGUCUGCCCCAUGCUAUAAUGGGCUGGUUCACGUCUCUUUUCCCUACCUCAACUGUUGUAAACUUCACAAUGAGCCACAACAAGAAAGUGCGGGCUCGUUUCUUGAAGAAAGUGAAAGCAAACUAAGUUGUUGGAAUGGGAUCAGAUGUUGCGAUACCUUCUGUCUCAAUACCCGUGUAUUACACCAAAAAAUUUAAUUGUAUUUAAAAUCUUCUAGUGUAGUUCAUAUUUUCUGACAGGACCAAGCAUAAUCUUUGACUGGGAUUAGAGGUGGAAGAUGAUUUCUGGACUUGACUAUGCUUGGUUUUAGUCAUGUGCAAGUAUUGAAUAUUAACCAGAUAUAGUAUAUUACAUGAAGCUAGUUACUUACACUAGUGGAUGCAGAAUUGUCAGAAGCCUGGUGAUAGAAGGAAAAAGUACUACCUGGUCACUUAAAUGGUUAGAGUCAAAUGGCCGGUACUUAAUAAUAAAAUAAUGAAGUUGAUUGGCAUUCACUUUUAAGUUUUUCACUCCGGGACAAGUCAGUUACAUGAAGUCCACCUGUUCUCUAAGUUAGGUAUGCGUGGGUGGAAGGAAGAAUUGCAGAUGACUGUCUUUCAGCUAUACUGCUGUGAUAUAAGCUUUACUUAAAAACAAAAAACCUAGACAAAAACCUUUGUUCACUGAUGUAGCUAAUACUCGGUUCAAAUUCAGAACUCUCCCUCAAAGUCUGUGUAGCCAGUCUGUGAUAUCUCCCCCAUAUUUUAUUUAAUGAGUUGAAUGUGUACUAGAAUACCUGGGGGAGGAGUUUUUAACUGUCUCGGGUUGUACUUGUGUGGCUCCUGUGUCGGAGUCUCCAGUAAAAACAGUUUCUGCGUUAGUCUGUCCAUUUUUUUAAAUUGGCUCAGUUAAGAGGGACCAUACACUUUAGUAUGUUGGCUUUAAAUCCUGUAACUCCACUGUCUUCAUCUGCAGUACUGAAAUGUAUUCAUGUGUCAACACUUGGGUGUUUUUAUAGAACGUAAAUUGAGGGAUCUGCUAUGAUCUGAUUUAUAAAAUGGAGGAAAAUGGGCCAAAAUGCAAAAUGAGAGUGAUUUGCUCUUACAUAUUCUAACAUGCUAACUAAAGCAAUUGUUUAAAUUUUUUACUAUUAAUGCUAACUUUUCAGUGUGUAAUAUAUAUAUGAUUUGUAAUGAUCUUGUUAAAGGUUUGGUGCCUGCUGUUACUUGUAGAAAAUUGCAAACACAAUGUAGAUAAAUGCUACCAGUUACCCGCUGCUUGCUGGUUGUCUUGUAAAGACUGUAGGUACUUUAAAUGAAAGCUUGAAAUUACAUUUUGUUGGGGUGGUGGUUAAACUCUUUCUGGCACAUGCAUCAGUGUCUUGCUGUGGACCAGGUGAAAUGAAGCUAAAUAUCUAUCGGCAAGUCCUAACAAUUACAUAAAUUAAGAUAAUAGACAAUAUUCACUCGCAUAAUAGUUGUGCUUUUUUCUGAAAUGUUGCCACCAGAAACUGAGGUGCAGCCAGCAGAAAACUGAGGACGCAUUGAGGGUAAACAAAAGUUGUAAUUCUUUAUUUGAAUGUCCCUCUGAAAUUGCCCAUCCUUCAUGAUCUUACAGACUAAACUGAAUGUGGACCGAAAUUAAUGCACGGUGUUGUAUGGCUUUCCCAGAUGGAGACAUUCCAAAUCAUGCCUUUCAAGGGAAAUUUCUUUUGAAUGUGUUUCUGUUGCUUUAGAAAUUAUGGUGUGGCCAUGGCACGGAGAAUAUACGUUGUUUUUUUUUUUUAUUUGAGGCAAUGUUCAAGGAUGUGACCAUCACAUCAGUAUGACUGAUUAAGCAAGUAAAUACAGUACAUGUUUCUUUGAUCUAUUAUUUUUCUACUUUUAGAGUGCCCUAAAGAUUUAUUUCCAGGCUGAAGCAGUCACUGUUUUUUUACAGGUUAUUUUUACACUACUAAAAUAUUACAUAAGGGUUAUGGGUUUCGUGGUUUAAAAAAAAAAUUUCCAAGGCAUGGGAUGAAUUUUGAUGGCCUACAUGAAAUACAUUUUAAUGGCAUCCACAGUACAAAAGCCAUAACCUUGUUUGAUGGUUUUAGGCCAGAACUGACUGGUCUGCUGAGAUUGAAAAGCUCUUAUCCUGUGAGUGGGGGAAUAUUGUUCAGGGAGUGUAAGAGAAACCUCCACUGUCCCUGCCUAUAUAUUUAACUGUUCUUUGUAUUUAAAAAAAAAAAAAAAAAAGUCUUUGCUGACAUCAAGCACACUUUACCAGCAGUAAAUGUACUAUUAAAGAAAGAAAAUUUACAUUGGCGAUGAUUUCACAAUUUUUAGCAGUGAUAGAGACACUGAUCUAGAGCUGUUUUACUGCCCUUAGGAGAGUAAUUUCAAGCCCUGGUUUAAAGUUGAAAUAUGUUGCAUUGAAACCUGAUGAGGCUAACGAUUCUGUACAUUGAAAAUAUACGAAUACCGAUGCAAUGGUGCUGAUAAGAUAUGAGGUGAGGAUCCUAUCCUAUAGUUUGCUUAUUUUCUGGAGUGGGGGUGAUUGAAUGCGAGUGGAAUUAAGCUGCAUACAAACACUGUUCCUUGAUUUUCUUUGGCAAAGCUAUGGGGGGUAUUUGACUUAACCAGUCUGUGUAUGUCCUUUUUCUAACAUGGGUGUAAAAUUGGAAUAAUUGAAAUAAAAAACUUAUUUGCCCAGAA